UAUGUCUGAUCCCUUUGCUUGAGAUUCAUCGGCUAACCCUAACGUUAGAUAAAUAGUAGCAUUGUCUCCCAUGUUUCUAUACAUUAUAUUACAUACCUGUUUUUUGGUUUUUUUUCAAAAUCCAUAUUUCGAAAUUAUUCUGCCAAAUUACGAAUCUUCGCUGUGUAGCCAACGGUGUUUCGGAAACUGAUUCGCUAGGUUACCCUGCUGGUUAGCUGGCUGUAACAUUGCAUUGCUUGUACAAGUGCUGUUCUGUCUCUGGGUUUCCUAGGGACUGUACACUGGACCGCUACAGAAGCAGGCAAGUUGGCGUUAACUGACACCUGCAGUUCCAGACGUCUAGUUAACGCUAACUGGCCGUAGUCGUAGUAUCAUAGGGGCUUUCAGACAAAACUAUAGGGCGGUAUGAGUUAUGGUUACGGCAAUAGACGAGGCCGACGAGGUGGUCGAGGAUUUGGAUAUGGAAACGAGGAGGAUAGGUGGGACAGAGGUGCCGGGUCGAACAGAGGAGGAUACCAGGAUACCGACUCGGGCUGGGAGUCUCGGGAGGAUAGGGGACGCGGUGGUGGCUCACGGGGUCGGCACCCGGGACAUCUGAAAGGCCGAGAGAUCGGCCUGUGGUACGCAAAGAGAGGAGGCAUAAAAAGGAAAGAAGAGGAGAGGAAAUCGAGAGCUGUAGUGCAAAUGGACGAGUCCAGAGAGCAGCACAUCACUAGACUAUUAAAAACGGUCCAGAACGAGCCUUACAUUCCCGGAAGAGAUGCCCGCCCCUCCACAUCCGAGAGCUGGCGCUCCGGCUCGGACACUGGUGGUCACAGCUACUUUGAUGGUGAAGAGCCUCCUCCAGAGGCUGUGAAAAUGACAAGUCCUGCAGAAGUGAAGGAGGCAGUGAAAGACAAAGACCUAGAGUAUCUGUUUCAGGAUAUCCUCAGAGAAUCCAGUCUAGACCAGGAGUUGAAGCGAGAUCUGCUUAAGAAAAGAGACAACCCAAAAUACACAGAGAUGUUGAAAUUCCGGGAAAAACUUCCCUCAUACAAAAUGAAAGAGGAUCUGGUCCAGUUGGUCCGGGCCAACCAGGUUCUGGUGGUGAGCGGGGAGACGGGCUGUGGGAAGACCACGCAGGUGACGCAGUUCAUCCUGGACGACUACAUUGAGCGGGGCAUGGGCUCCGUGUGCAGGGUGGUGUGCACCCAGCCUCGCCGCAUCAGCGCCAUCUCAGUGGCAGAGAGAGUGUCUGCAGAGAGGGCUGAGAAAGUGGGGGAAGGGAACUCGUGCGGUUACCAGAUCCGGCUGCAGACCCGGUUGCCACGGAAACAGGGCUGCGUGCUGUAUUGUACGACGGGCAUUAUCCUUCAGUGGCUCCGCUCGGAUACACACCUGUCCAGCAUCAGUCACCUGGUCCUGGACGAGAUUCACGAGAGGAACCUGCAGUCCGACGUCCUGCUCACCAUCGUCAAGGACCUGAUCCGCCUCCGUGAGGACCUCAAAAUCAUCCUCAUGAGCGCCACGCUCAACGCAGACAAGUUCUCCAAGUACUUUGGAAACUGUCCCAUGGUCCACAUCCCUGGCUUCACGUAUCCGGUGAAGGAGUACCUGCUGGAGGAUGUGGUGGAGAUGCUCAGGUACCAGCCACAGACCCAGGACCGCCGGCCCAGGUGGAAGAGGCGCUUCAUGCAGGGGCAGAUGUCCCGGCCCGAGAAGGAGCAGAAGGAGGAGGAGUACAAGGAGAGCUGGCCCUGCUUCGCCCGAACGCUGCGGGACAGGUACUCGGACAGCACGAUCGAUGUCCUGGAGGCGAUGGACGACGACGAUAAGAUCGACCUGGCGCUGAUCGUGGAGCUGAUCCGACACAUCGUGCUGAAUGAAGAUGAAGGGGCCAUUCUCGUCUUCCUGCCUGGCUGGGACAACAUCAGCGGGCUCAAUGAUCUCCUCAUGGCCCAGCAGAUGUUCAAAUCAGAAAACUUUGUCAUCAUUCCGCUGCAUUCUCUGAUGCCCACUGUUAGUCAGACCCAGGUGUUUAAGAGACCGCCUCCAGGCGUGCGCAAGAUCGUGAUCGCCACCAACAUCGCGGAGACCAGCAUCACCAUAGAUGACGUGGUGUAUGUGAUCGAUGGGGGAAAGAUUAAGGAGACACACUUCGACACGCAGAACAACAUCAGCACCAUGACGGCGGAAUGGGUCAGCCUGGCCAACGCCAAGCAGAGGAGGGGUCGGGCUGGAAGGGUUUCACCAGGGAAGUGCUACCACCUGUACAAUGGCCUGCGUGCCAGCCUGCUGGACUCCUACCAGCUGCCCGAGAUCAUGCGCACGUCACUGGAGGAGCUGUGCCUGCAGAUUAAGAUCCUGAAGCUGGGAGGGAUCGCCUCGUUCCUGUGCAAGGCCCUGGACCCGCCCUCAGAACAGGCGGUCCAACUGGCUAUCACUCACCUCAUGGACCUGAACGCUUUGGACCGCAAUGAGGAGCUGACGCCGCUGGGGUUCCACCUGGCCCGCCUGCCCGUGGAGCCCCACAUCGGGAAGAUGAUCCUGUUCGGAGCUCUGCUGGGCUGCCUGGAGCCCGUACUCACCAUCGCCGCUAGCCUGAGCUUCAAAGACCCCUUCUUCAUACCGCUGGGUAAGGAGAAGCUUGCAGACAUGAGGAGAAAAGUUUUGUCCAAAAACUCCAAGAGUGACCACCUGACCAUUGUGAAUGCCUUCUGGGGCUGGGAGGACGCUAAACGACGGGGCAACAGAUUUGAACGGGAAUUCUGCUGGGACAACUUCCUCUCCGCCAACACGCUGCAGAUGCUGCACAACAUGAAGGGGCAGUUUGCUGAACAUCUUCUGGGGGCGGGCUUUGUCAGCAGCAAGAACCCCAAAGACCCCAGCUCUAACAUAAACUCCGAGAAUGAGAAGCUGAUCAAAGCGGUGAUUGUCGCCGGGCUGUACCCCAAAGUAGCCAAGAUCCGGCCAAGUUUCAGCAAGAAGAGGGCCAUGGUGAAGGUUUACACUAAGCCUGACGGAAAAGUCAACAUCCACCCCAAGUCAGUGAACGCGGAAGAGACAGAGUUUCACUACACCUGGCUUAUCUACCACCUGAAAAUGAAGACGAGCAAUAUCUUCCUGUAUGACUGCACCGAAGUGUCGCCCUUCUCCCUGCUCUUCUUCGGCGGGGACAUCUCCAUCCAGAAGGACCAGGACCAGGACACCAUCGCUGUCGAUGAGUGGAUCGUGUUUCAGUCCCCCGCCCGGAUUGCGCACCUCGUCAAGAAUCUGAAGAAGGAGCUGGACUCGCUGCUUCAGGAGAGGAUUAAGAACCCUCAGCCUGUAGACUGGAGCGACACCAAGUCUAAGGACUGUGCUGUCAUCUCAGCCAUCAUCGACCUCAUCACCACCCAGGAGAGCGACUCCGGCCGAGGCGCUGCCCCUAGAGGCGGAGACCGGUACUACGACUAGCCGGAGUACGUGCAGCACAUCGUGUCUGUUCUGGCCCAGGCACUGCCCUUGACCUUGGAACAGCAUCGCACCCCACAGGGUUUCUGAGGGGCUAAACCGAAAGAUCAGCAACGAUCGAGACUUGACAAAAUGUCCAAACACAAACCGCUUGAUGGAACAUUUAAAAUGGACUUGACACGUGAAGAAUGACAAUGAUUAUUUGUAUCUCUUUAGUUAAAACAAAUUUAAAAUACAAAGGUGAAUAGUGUUAGGCCUCACUGCUGGUAUAUUCUGUGCUUGUGGAACCUGUUUUUGUUUUUUUUGUUUUGCAUAGCUUCCUAUGCAUCUGAUGUAUUAUAGUCUUGUUUGACCCAGUGUAAAGGCUGCUUACAGUACGUUUGCAUUCAUGUUUUACAUAGAAAGUUCUGCAGUGGAGGACUGGCUGUGAUGGGCUUAUUUAAGCAGGAAGACCAUGGCUCAGGCUUACAGUGACCUGGCACAUGGAGGCUGCUUCGUGGCUUGUUUGGUUAAGGCACCACAAACUGCAAGGCCCACAGUCCCUGCCUGAAUCUAGACCUCACCACAGUGGCCCUGGCUGCUAGCUCCAUGGAGCAAUGCGCAGUUCACGGUGGCUUUGCCCAGAGAACGGGAGGGUUCAGUCAGUUUGGGGUCUUCCUCUGACUCUGUUCUGUGUGAGCUUAGCUCCAGACGGUGGUGUGAAAAUGCCGCCGACACGUCUUUCGGAAGAGAAACGCGGAUGUCUCCACUCCUGAAUCAGCGGGAGGGUUUGCACUUGAAUGUGGCUGCCUUUGCAAAUAACUGGACACGUGCAGUUACACGGUGGGUGCCAAAUUUUUAUGAAAACACAAAAGAACAAUAAAAAAAUAUCAGGUUGAAUUCACCCCCUCACCCAUGCGAACCCAUUACAGUUGGUUGCAUGUCGAUUCACAUUGUCAUUCGUGGAAGCGCUUGAGGAUUCUGCCUGUUUGUACCUCUUAAAGAAGAAAAAAAAAAAUCACACCAAGGUCAGAACACAUUCAAAUAAAUACAUUUUAGUCUCUUUAAAUGCAAAAUUGAUGUUUUAAUUCCAGCAGGAAAAAAAACAAAAAAACAUCUGGAAGCCUUUCUAUGAGUUCUGCAUUCCACUGAAAUGUAAUUUAAGGGUUUUGAGUCAGCAAAAAAUAAACUUUCUGUGCACCUUUAGGAACAGAA